AUGGGCCGUCUUGGUUAACGUACCUUUUUUAGUUCGACAGCAAAGCACGGUGAUGCUGUUACUCUGGAUUUUGCGGGAAAUGUUCUCGUACCAGCUGAUUAUUUACAUAAGCGCAUUACGCUCUAUAAGUGGAUAUUGGGACGACCGGGAUUAUCACGACGACUUGGAAGAUGGUCAAGAUGGGCUCCCCGACGGUAAUAAACGACUGGCAACAUCGCAUAGACCCGGAUAUUAUGAAGGUCCAUUUGAGUAGUUUAAAUACCCAUGGAUUGCUGGAAGCCGACAUAAUGUUUGCUGAUGCUGCAUCGGACUCGGCCCGGAAAACGUAACGGGACGCAGACAGCUUGUUUUAUGGCCGAAUGGGAAGGUUCCUUAUCGUAUAAGUGAAUUAUUUGGUGAGGCUAACACGUGCACGUUUUGAGCACCUGGAUUGGAGUGAGCUCAGCAAUUAUUGUUUACAAGAAUUUGCUACAUUUUUAUAUCAUCGUUUCGUCAUUUGUUUUUACUUUUUACAUAUCAUGGUUUCUGUAUCUGCAUAUUUUCAGCCUCCCAAGAUGUUUUUAUCAUCCAGCAAGCAAUGUCUGCAGUCGAGCGUACAACGUUUCACUGUGUGAUAUUUACACCGAGAAAGAACCAAACGAAUUACGUACACUUUGUACCGGGCGAAAAUUGUUCGUCUUUCGUGGGGGUUCUCGGCGGCCGGCAGCCUGUAUUUCUCCAUCCAGCCAAGUGUAUUCAGCUCGGGAGAGUGCAGCAUGAGAUCCUGCACGCCCUGGGUCUGUAUCACGAGCAUAGUCGCCCUGAUCGGAACGCCAGUGUAAUCAUAAAUGACGAAGAGAUCAUGGAAAACUAUAUAUCCCAGUAUAGCAUCAUUCCCGACAUGCCCACAUUCGGGACGGCGUACGAUCUGGACUCACUAAUGCACUAUGGGCCGUACGAUUUUGCUAAAACCACCGAUCGUCCCGUUAUCGUGCCCCGGCACGAGGGUGUGUAUCGUAUGGGGCAACGAGAUGGUCUGAGCGUACGCGAUGCCGCAAAACUGCGUAAUGCCUACAGAUGUCAAGUGGAGCAGGGGCACGAAACCGACAACCAGGAGCCAAUGUCGACAGGAUUCUCAGGACUGCCGAUGCAAGCCGCACAGUGUGCGCUACAGUUUACUCGGUACUGUAAGAGUUCCACCACGACGAGGGAAAACUGCACCAGUCAAAGCUCGUUGAAUAUCGAGUGCGAGGAAGAAGCGGAUGCUGCGCAUCUGCGGGUCAUGGCGCUGGCCAUGGCUGCGGCACCGUUGCGACCGGUGAAUGUUGCGUUACUGGAACAGCAGUUUACCGUCGCAGCAUUGUCGCCCGUGGAAAGACAGGUGCUGACGUUGAUCAUGCAGAACUGUCGCGUUCGUGAUCCAACGGAGAGAUUCGGGAGAUUCUCGUUUGUGAAUCUCCAACAAAUUAUUAUGCGUAACUGUAUGGACAUCCGUAUCAAGAAGGCUGACUUCCAACUGAUGCUCAUGCUGAAGGUCGUAAUUUUCAUGGAGGUGACCAUUGUGUAUUUGGAAGAGGGGACCUUUACCAGCCUACCAGAACUGCGAAUUCUGGCGUGGCAUAAAGACUUGCUGUACAAUUUCGGAACAAUAGGUUUAGAUUAUUCGGACAAUGAUAGCGAAGACGACCGUCGUGCACGUAGUCGGUGCGACUAUUUACAGCGAAUGCACUGCGACUGUGAAUUUGCCUGGCUGAGAAAAUGGCUUCGCGAGAACGAUAUGCUGACGCUGCCAACUGCAGACUCACUGAUUUUCUAUUAUUCCAAUACCUCACACAUUACCCCCGGCAUAACGCUCAACAGAAACGAUAUAUACAUUCCCAUUGACUGCGCGCUGCAACCAUUUCCAUCUGACUUCAGCGUGAUUGAUUUUACGCAGCGGGAAUUUUCCAUCCACGAACCACAAUGCCCAUUACGUACCCAUAAUGCAUCAUAUAGCCGUAUGAAAUGGAAGCGAACUUUCUCCGCCGCACCCAUCGACGCCGCCCAGUGUCGGCUGCAGUUUGGGUUGUCAUGCAAACCGGGGGAUUUUCGGUUUGCUCCACGCCAAGAUAGGAAAACGGCCAUAGUAGAGUACUGUGAGGAGUUGUUCCGUAGUUCCACACGGACUUUGUAUGUUGGCUGUACCGGUGACACCAAAGUGAGGGAUGCGCAAGAGGUUGCGUUUGCUCUGGCUAAGCCGCUGUUACGGCCGAUCUACUUAAUCUUGGCUGACGGACCAUACAUCGUCUAUCGUGCGUUUGCCCCCAUCAGGACGCAGGUCUUGAAACUGCACUUCCACGACUGCGUCGAUCAACGUCCCACGGCAAAGCUAUCGGAUCUUGACUUCGCUAAUCUGUUAUAUAUGGCCAUUGCUUCGUGUUCAGAGAUUAUUGUGCAAUCUGAGGAUUUUAGUGACCUUGUGGAUCUACGUGUUCUUCUGUUUCAAAGGACAACGGUCAUCGGGGUUUCACAGUUCACGUUCACCGCUCUGUCGAAUCUACAGCUUUUAUCCCUGGAAUACACGGUGCAGGACCGGCUCAAUCUUUCGGCGAAUUAUUAUCAGUAUCUCCGCAGACUUCAUUGUGAUUGUCAGUAUUCACAGUUUCGUAGCUGGCUACAGCGGCGUAUCAUCGAUCCGAUGAGCAUCUUGUUUCCAAAUGAGAUGGUUAUUUCGGAUCUCAGUGUUCGCGAUGUCUGCGGAGAUCGCAUGUCUAACAUCGCUACGACGAUAGUUGCCUUUGAAUACGACACGGAUGAUGCAAUCGGAUUCCACCGGGAGCGCUACUGCUGGAAAAAGGAGGAACUGUAUGCACCCUUCGACUGCAGUAAAGCCAAAGCGGACAAUCCUCGGGGUGCCAUAGAUCACACUUACAUCCAGAUAAAUUAUUCGGUCAGUGCGCCGAGUUGUGGGUCAAGUGUGGCGGGAAACUGCUCGACAACGCCAUCCGAAUGGCACGACUGCAAAGUACACAACCGGAGCGCCGGCGGAAAGGCUGCUUCUGCGAAAGAAUGGAUUUCAAGUAUCAAUCAGCCAAUUUUGAACGAGCGACGAUCCGAGCUGACUAUAAAAGCAAUCGACGGAACCGGUAAUACAUACUACUACGACGAUCAGGAGCUUAGUAGCAACCCCGCUUCCGAAUCUGGAAACUUGCCGGAUAGCAGGUUCUGGUCGACCAGCGGCACGGCCAUCCCUUAUUCCGUUAGCGAAGCAUUCAGUCUUCAGGACAUCGAAGCUAUCCAGGAUGCACUGCUUUCAAUCUCGUCCUCCACUUCGCAGUGCAUAAAAUUUAAAAUCCGCAAGUAUGAAGAGGACUAUAUCUCAUUUUGGCAGGGACAAAGAUGUCAAUCAAGCGUAGGCAAACAAGGUGGUCAGCAGAACAUCACACUGGCGGAAGUGUGUAUCUUCCGCGGAGCCAUCCAGCAUUUGGUUCUCCACGCACUGGGACUGUUCCACGAACACCAUCGAGCCGAUCGUGAUGGCUAUUUGCGCAUCUAUUUUAAUCGCACGCAGCUACCACCUACCAGUAUCUUUUUUCGCAAGCUGCCGCAAAUGGCGAGUUACGGCACAGAAUACGACCUGGAAUCGAUUAUGCACUACGGCGUUUUUGACCUCGCUAGUCCUGAGAACCCAGAUCUACCUGUUUUUUUUCCCAAAGCUGCACCAAAGAAAGGAAAAGGAAUAAAAAUGGGCCAGCGGCGAUCAUUGAGCGCUAAGGACAUAGUAAAGCUAUACUCAGCUUACAACUGUAGCAGGCAGAGAAGCCAACUGUCGGUUGCCGAGCCGCUUCCCGAAUUUGGUAAAGACAAUCUUACUCAGCCCAUGUGUAAUGCAUUAUCCACGUUGAAAUGUAACGUUGGCGAUAUGGAAAACUGCUUGGCUUGGAAAACGAUACAGCUUGUAUGCGGCUCAAACACAACCGUCGAGGACUGGAACCAAGCGGCCGUCACCGUGGCGAAAAUUCCACUGCGUGCAAUCCGACUGCAUUUACUGGACAGCCGGGAAAGGUAUGCAGCGCCCGACGCCUUCCAACCCAUUCGUAGACAGAUAGUGGUGGCAAUGUUUAUUCGCUGCCGAGACUGCCGUUUUACGUCGGUGCUGUCGGUGUUCGGGCUCGUUAGUGUUAUGGACAUUGCGCUACAACUGUGCUACGGUUUGGUAAUAAGGAAAGCGGAUUUCUACGGCCUCCAGCGGUUGCAAGUCUUGACGUUCGUUAGCAGCACUCUUCGCACACUCGAGCCUGAGACGUUUAGCACGCUGUCGAGUCUCGAAGUACUGAGCCUGGAGUUUGAUCUUCUUAAUCCGACCUGUUUGCUUUUUAAUGUUACCCGCUCGCAACAGUUGGAGUACUUACACAGGCUGCAUUGCAGCUGUGAUUUUGCUGACUUUCGACGAUGGAGAAAAACCAACAAGGCGCUGCGGGAAGAAGUUGAAGCAGGCGAGAUAAUGUACGUUGAGGGCGCCCUGGGUAGUGGACCGUUCAGGAGGAGUGAUUUGUUCUAUCCCGUUGAUUGUCUGGCCGACCUGUUGAAUGAUACAGACGCUGCAAUCAACUUUACGCAGCUCGAGUACUCCGUUAACGAGCCGCUGUGCGAACCUAGAACCAUCCCAGCAACAUCUUCCUAUGACCGCGAUCUAUGCAGCAGUGCCGAUGCAGACCACCCACUCAUUGCUGUGAAAGGGUUGGCUAGAUCAAUACAAGUCACGAUCCCCGGUGUUAUUCCAGUGUCACCCAGCCCGGUUAACGAAGCCGCUGCCAAGAUACACAGUCAUGACCAAUCCCGUGGGUGGGUUUACGGUUGCAUUGGCGGCGUUGUCGGACUCGGCGUAAUAUCUUUCAUUUAUGUUGUUUGGCGUGGUAUUCGUCGCCGAAAUCGCCGUGCCGCACAGAGGCCAACUCUUGAAAGCGGUCAACUGUUGUCGACAAGCGUGGCGGUUGUAGAACGUGUGGAGAUCUCUAUGUCGUCUAUCGACCUGACCCAUCCCUUUAGCGGUGAUGUGGAAGAAGUAUCUGACGCUGGUUCAGUGACAACGGCAGGCACCGAACUGCAACCGUUAACCAGCGAUGUGCCCGAAAGUGAUAAUAAGAGUGAGCGGUAGAAGGUUUGGGCAAGAACAUUUACGGGAACAUUCUGUAACUUUAACAUGCGUUCAGUGUUGCCUAACUGCGAGAUGGUGUGUGUACUGUCAAAAGAAUGCCAUCAGUAAUUGUUCGUGUGUAGCAGAUAUUCGUUCAAAAUUUUGUCUUUCAUCGAUUUGUCGUAGCAAAAAUCGCGGGUAAAAGUUUGUCAGCCAGCACAGAGUCGUCAGCAAG